CAUCAAUAAAAUGAACCCGGAUCGCUUCACCCUGUCCGCUGAAGAAUAUUUAGCAGAGAGCAGUGCACUGUUUUAUCUGAACGAUGCUGUUACACAGUUCCUGCAGCACAGAGAUGAAUUCAUCCAGUUUGGCAUCGUCCGAUACUUCGCUGAAUAUUUUACUAGUGUAAAGAACGGGAAUCAUGUUCUUUUUAGAGAAUUCAGCUAUGUUAAGGCAACACCACACAACAGAGCUUCCUUCAUCCACAUCUUCUGGAAAUGCUUUAGACAGAUUGGAAAGAAUGGAGAUCUGCUGACCACGUUGGAGUACACUUCACUGCUCCAUCUUAUAUGUCUGGACUUUCCUGCUGAAAUAGUACAAAAUACAGCCAAGAUUGUUCUGAUGGACGAUGCUGUGGACUGUGUUAUGUCGCUUUCAGAUUUUCUCUACGCUUUUCAAAUCCAGUUCUAUUAUGAAGAGUUUUUGGAGAAUGUGUUGGUGAUGUAUGAGGACCUGUUGGAGGGAAAGAACCCAAACACUGUUAUUGUCCCCACGUCCACAUCAGCUGAACCAAUAUGCAGUGAGGAGACGGACACUCAGGAGGGCGUCGAUUCCUCUGUCCUCCUCGAGUGUAUUAAGGGACUGUGUGAGCGCUUCAAACCAAAAUAUCCACCCCUUUCUGCAAUAACAGACAUUCUGGAGAGCAACACAAGAAUCUCCUACUACAGCUUCCUGAUGGCUUUAUCCAAACAUGAAGGAAUCAACCAGGGCAUCGGUGCUCUUCCAAACAGAUCAGACCUGUUGAUCGACCCAGAGAUGGACCAGGAGUUGGAGAGGCUUGUUGCUCAGGUUGCUGUCAGUCCGACGUCUAACAGCAGCAGCAGUGCAGUGGGACUAAGGGAACCGUGCAGGAAACCAUCACCCCGAAAAUCCUUGCACCAGCGCAAAAGGAUUGAAAUGGAAAGCGACGGAUCCACAGAGGAAACUGAUUCCUCGGAAAAUUAGUGAUGUUAGAGAGUAGGAUACCAGAAUCAAACCCAGUCAACAUGCUACUGUCUGUGUCUGUUUAUACAAUAAACCCAAUCAGCUUGACUUGA